CGCGGCGGUGGCGGCGGAGUCACCCGGCCAGCCUCGGGACCGGUCACCGGCCGCCAACCGUCCAGCGGCCUCGACCACCGCCUCCGUGCUCCGUCCUCACUCCUCUUUCCCGGGCCGAGAGGCAGCGUGGCCGACAGUGGCUGAAUUCUCUCUCAUUCCUGUCGGCGGCUCGCCUCAGGCGGGCCGUCUGCUCCUCGGGGGCCGCCUCAGUGGGGCUAGGUUUCCGUGACGAACCUCCUGGGGCUGCCCGCGCCCGCUCGGGCCGUCGUGUCGGCUCGGUGUUGUGGAACUUGCUCACCCUCCGGCGGUCCGGGGCCCUCGAAGUUAUGCGUCUCGUCCAGGAGGUGGCGGCGGGUGCCGGCUCCUAAAGGCGUCACACCCGGACUCCGCUGACUGGGCAACCUCCAUUCAUCUUCCAGCUGCGCCGCCAGCGCCCUCUCCCUCUCCGGUCCCCUCCUCGGACUCAUUUUUUCCUUCCCUCCCCUCUGCCGCCCUUUCCUCACUCCUUGGGUGCGGCGAUUCUCCUGCGGCCGGAGGUGUCGGUUAUGAGCCGGACCCCCCUGCCCUGAAUUUCUCCGCGGAGGAGCUCGGCGGCGCCCCGCCACCCGCCGCGUCCCCGGGAUGGGGGUGAAUGCUGUGCACUGGUUCCGAAAGGGGCUUCGGCUUCACGACAACCCCGCCCUGAAGGAGUGUAUUCAGGGCGCCGACACCAUCCGCUGCGUCUACAUCCUCGACCCCUGGUUCGCCGGCUCCUCCAAUGUUGGCAUCAACAGGUGGCGAUUUUUGCUUCAAUGUCUUGAAGACCUUGAUGCCAAUCUGCGAAAAUUAAACUCUCGUCUGUUUGUGAUUCGUGGACAACCAGCAGAUGUGUUUCCCAGGCUUUUCAAGGAAUGGAACAUUACUAAACUUUCAAUUGAAUAUGAUUCUGAGCCCUUUGGAAAGGAACGAGAUGCAGCUAUUAAGAAACUGGCUACUGAAGCUGGAGUAGAAGUAAUUGUACGAAUUUCACAUACAUUAUAUGACCUAGACAAGAUCAUAGAACUAAAUGGUGGACAACCACCUCUUACUUAUAAAAGAUUCCAGACUCUCAUCAGCAAAAUGGAACCACUAGAGAUACCAGUAGAGACAAUUACUUCAGAAGUGAUAGAAAAGUGCACAACUCCUCUGUCUGAUGACCAUGAUGAGAAAUAUGGAGUCCCUUCACUGGAAGAACUAGGUUUUGAUACAGAUGGCUUAUCUUCUGCAGUGUGGCCAGGCGGAGAAACUGAAGCACUUACACGUUUGGAAAGGCAUUUGGAAAGAAAAGCUUGGGUAGCAAACUUUGAAAGACCUCGAAUGAAUGCGAAUUCCCUGCUCGCUAGCCCUACUGGACUCAGUCCUUAUCUCCGAUUUGGUUGUUUGUCAUGUCGACUAUUUUACUUCAAACUGACAGAUCUCUACAAAAAGGUAAAAAAGAACAGUUCCCCUCCCCUUUCCCUUUAUGGGCAACUGUUAUGGCGUGAAUUUUUCUAUACAGCAGCAACAAAUAAUCCACGCUUUGACAAAAUGGAAGGAAAUCCCAUCUGUGUUCAGAUUCCUUGGGAUAAGAAUCCUGAGGCUUUAGCGAAAUGGGCAGAAGGACGGACAGGCUUUCCAUGGAUUGAUGCCAUCAUGACACAGCUUCGUCAGGAGGGUUGGAUCCAUCAUUUAGCCAGACAUGCAGUUGCUUGCUUCCUGACACGAGGUGACCUGUGGAUUAGUUGGGAAGAAGGAAUGAAGGUAUUUGAAGAAUUAUUGCUUGAUGCAGAUUGGAGCAUAAAUGCUGGAAGUUGGAUGUGGCUGUCUUGUAGUUCCUUUUUCCAACAGUUUUUUCACUGCUAUUGCCCUGUUGGUUUUGGUAGGAGAACAGAUCCCAAUGGAGACUAUAUCAGACGUUAUUUGCCUGUCCUAAGAGGCUUCCCUGCAAAAUAUAUCUAUGAUCCCUGGAAUGCACCAGAAGGUAUUCAAAAGGUAGCCAAAUGUUUGAUAGGAGUUAAUUAUCCUAAACCAAUGGUGAACCAUGCUGAGGCGAGCCGUUUGAAUAUUGAGAGGAUGAAACAGAUCUAUCAGCAGCUUUCACGAUAUAGAGGACUAGGUCUUCUUGCAUCAGUGCCAUCUAAUCCUAAUGGGAAUGGAGGCCUCAUGGGGUAUUCUCCUGGAGAAAAUAUCCCAGGUUGUAGCAGCAGUGGAAGUUGCACUCCAGGGAGUGGUAUUUUACAUUAUGCUCAUGGAGAUAGUCAGCAAACUCACCUAUUAAAGCAAGGAAGAAGCUCCACGUGCACUGGUCUCAGCAGUGGGAAACGUCCUAGUCAGGAAGAGGACACACAGAGUAUCGGUCCUAAAGUCCAGAGACAGAGCACUAAUUAGAAAACAUUCAGAAGGAAUACCGUUGCAGCAGAAAUUGGUGGGCAGUUCAAUACUUUUUCAGUUAAAUUAUUUUAAAAUGUUCUUCAUUAAUGGAAAACAGUUACAUAUUGAAAUGCAUUAUUUCUAAUAACAUUUCUGUAGUUUUUAACUUUUUAAUGAAUUUGACAUAGGACAAAUGGUAAUUUGUAUAUAAAGAACUUGGUAAAAGAAUUUGCUUAAUGUAAAUAUAAAUAGUCACAAUUAGUAUAGACCCAUCAAUAUAUUUUUGAUAAUCUUUCAUGUAUGGUAAAAAUUAAAGUGGCAAACUGAUAUUCUGAUAUAAAAAUCAAAGUUUUGAGAGUCAAUGUGAGAAUAUAGGAUUUUAGACUUUCUUAAAAGACUGUUAAAAUUUUAAGACAGAAUUUUUCUUGACAUCAUUAUUUGGUCUAACUUUGAACUCUUUGACAAUAAUGUUUCAGAAAACGUGUAAUCAAAAUUGGUAGUUAUAGCCUCCAUUAACAUAGACAAUAUAUAUUUUAAAGCUUCAUGUAUGCCUGUUUUCACCCAAAGUUGUGGAUAUCAUGGUAUCAUGUGUUAAGUUCUUCUUGUCUCCCUUUCUUUGUUCAGUUACAGCUAAAGUGACUUUGUUAUUAAAGUAUAUGCAUAUAUGGAA